CUCUGCCUUUCCCGGUCCAACCGAGGUUGUCGAGAAAGGGAAAGCAGAGAGACUUUCCUAGACUUUUCCACGGGUGGAGUGGAGCAGACAACAGACCCUGCCCUGCAUAUAAAUACGCGCCCCACCUCCCUCCCCUGUUCACGCCUCCCGUCACAUGCAACGGAUUCAACUUUGUCCUCACUCUCUGGCGCCUUCCCCCCCCCAUCAUCAUCGUCCUCACCGCUGCAGUCGUCAUCAUCUUCUGCGAUGAACUCGCCGAGUCUGGUCUUAGCGACGACAGCCAUGGCCGCCGUCUCCAGCACCGUCCUGUUCCUUGCUUUUUCCUGGCACAAACCCCCCUUACCUCACGAAGAGCCUCAUCCCCCCGAGCAAGUUCUGCGAUCCUGCUUACGUUCAGAUGGAAAAAAGAAGGAAAGAAAUGAGAAGAAGAAGAAGAAGGUGCGAUUUGCCGACGACGUGAAGGAGCCGAGAGGAAAUGGGGACGAGUUCAGGAUGAAGAUGAAGAUGAAGGAGAUCAGAAAAUCAAGUCCUGUCGAAAGAAGUUGCAGGAGCGAAAUUCCUGAAAUUCCUGCGAACAGAGUCGCCCUGUACAAUGGAAUCCUCAGGGAUCGAGCCAACCGGAUGGAGUGCUCGCACUGAUCAAAUUUAGUUCAAUCACUUCAAUCACUUUCCCCCUUACUUUUCACUUCUGGGUGGAUAAAGUUCUUUGAUUUUCACGUUUUUCCCCUGUUCGCCUGUGUGGUAAAACAAAUGUGUGGCUCUCAAAACAGAGAAAAAAAAGGGGUAAGAGGUUUUCGUGCUCCUCCUGUGGAAAGAAAAGAUCUGGGCCUUUUAUGUGGAUGUAAAUAAUAUUUGCGACGGCUUUGAAAAUGAAGAUUGUUGUCCUUGUUAUUACCUUAA